CGCCCCAGAUUGCGCCACUGCGCCGGCCGCCGGCCACGGGUGCCCACAGAGCACGCUCGCGACGCACGCAGCACCUCAUGGCGGCACGCUGCACAAUAGAGGGCCCCACUAGCGGAAAUGCGGAGUCGGGGUCCGGCCGACGUGCAGGCGAGCAGCCGCCGGCCGCCGGCUGGCAACGACGUGCACGGAGCACCUUCGGCGAAAGCGUCUCGUCCCAGGAGCGCAUCCGUCGCAAGAGUUUGCCCCCUGGAGCAUGAAGGCUGCUCUCGGACGUGUCUGCUAGCGGGUCGGCAUCGCGCUAGCGCACCGAGCACGACUGAAGGAGCAGAUCUUCUUUGCUCCCUCGCCCUCGCUAGCUCGCGCUCUCCGUCGCUUGCGCCCGUGCAACGUGCGGCUCUACCUGGCGCCGCGCGGGAUGGCACAGACCUCUGCGCUGGCACUCUCACCCAAAGACGCCAUACGCUCCACGACGCUAGCGGCGAAGCUGGCGCCGGCUUGUCUGUUCUGCGCACGGAGGCUGCAGCGCCGGAGCAGUUGCGUCCGCGCGAUGGACGGAGGAUCUCAUUCGGACCAGAAGAUUGCCCAUGGGUGGCGCAUCCGGCCACACAUCGCCCAUUUGCAGAGGCCAGAGUGCGCUGAGAAUAGGUCGCCUCUGAGUCGCUCGUGAUUGCACUCUCGCGCUUGGCCGCAGCGCGCCUGCUGGUCGCACGCAAUUGUCAUCAGCCAAUGCCCGCUUCGCCCAGGAAGCCCUUACGGGGACUUUACCGAGCGCCGGCCAACUGGUAGCGCUCCCUCUUCUUCGGCUCCAGCGUGCGGAAAUCAUCUGACUGUGCGCAGAAUCACGACACUGUGAUGGCAGAUUUGCAAGUCACGCUGGCUGGUUGGCCUGCAAGGGUCUGUGCCGUGUGG